AUGUCGACUAGUGUUUGGCACAUCCGUUUACGACAGCUGGAUCUUAACGGCGGCCCAUUGCGUAGAGUAUGGAAGGCAGCGCAACAGCAAACGAUCGUGAUUAAAACAUUUUUCUUCGCUAUCUCUAGUAAGAUCACUUCCGGCACGGUGAUGGUCCGUGCCAACUCAUCCUUCUUCAACCGUGGUGGAAAGUUGCAUCGUGUGGAACGAGUCAUAAAGCAUGAGCUUUUCUCCUACGAAACGGGUGAUUACGAUUUUGGUCUGUUGCGGCUAAAGCAACGAUUUAAGCGUGGAUCGUACGUGAAGCUAGCAUCGGGAAGGAAACGUUUUCCACCUGCAGAAAGAUGCACGGCAAUGGGUUGGGGUUAUACACUGGGCCCGGCAUCGAGAGAACAACUGCGACAGGUUGUGCUACCGAUUGUGUCCCAGAAGGUAUGCCAGAAGUCGUACGAAAAAACGGACAAGAUUACGGCCCGUAUGCUUUGUGCGGGAUAUACGGAAGGAAUGCAAGAUGCAUGUGAUGUAAGUCGACCAUGUUGAGUCUUAAGCCAAACAUUGUUUUGUAAUGCCUUUUUUUCUACUCUGCCAGGGUGAUUCUGGUGGACCACUGAUCUGUCGCGGGCUUCA